UACGUUCCGUUCCACAUAACCUCUAUGAAAAUCAAAAAGUUCCACAUAAGCGGUGUCCAACUGACAACACUGCCGAAUACGUGGCCCCGAAGUUGUGUGAUUAGUGAGACUUGUUUAUAUUUUUAAUUGUGUUAAUUCUAUAAAAAUAUCCUCGGAAGCCGAUAAUCGGCUCCCAGUACAAUGAUGAAUCCUCAAUAUCCACCUCCAGGGCAGAACAACAAUGCACCGAACAACCCCAUGUUCCCUCCAACGUCUCAGGAUUACAACGGAGUCCAAAACGCCAACAUCUAUAGCCAGAUGCCACCGAACGGCCCUCAGAUGCAACAGAAACAAUUAGACCCACUGGACAUGUCCCAGAAAAUGCAAAACAUGAACUUAAAUGGACCCCAAGGCUUCCCGUCUAUCCCACCUACCCAACUACCCCCUGGCCAGGCGCCUCCUGGACAGUAUCCCCCAAGUUUUAAUCCUCAAUCAUCCAACUUUGGUCCACCUCAAGGUAUGCCAGGCAGACCUCCAGUAAGUGGAGCUCCGCAAUACCCUCCAAUGGGCCAAAAACCCCAAAUGCCGCCAUCAUCAGCACCAGGACAAGUGCCAACGUCUCUUCCCCCAGGCUAUGGAAUGCCUCCUCCAAGUCAAACCCCAGACCAGAAUAGACAGUUUCAGCAGCCUCCAACUUCAAUGCAGCAAAGACCACCAAGUGCUCAACCUAGUCAACAACCGAUGGGUCAACAGCCUGGACCUCAAGGUCCUGGUCAGAUGCCUCCACAUUCUCAACAAGGUCCCGGGCAAAUGCCACCAAGCUCUCAACCAGGUCUUCCGCCUCAGUCAGGCAUGGGCAGGCCAGGAAUGCCUCCUCCAGGUAGUCAGCCACCAAAACCAGGAAUGCCCCCACAACCCCAAAUGGGUGGUCCACCCUCCAUGCAACCUGGACAGCAAGGAAUGCCUCAGCAGAUGAACAUGGGUCCUCAACCGCAACAGCAACCUGGCAUGCCACCCCAGCAACUACAGCCUGGUCAGAUGCAGAGGCAACCUGGUAUGCCUCAACAACCUGGCAUCAUGUCAGCGCCUCUGCAGCCUGGGCAGCAGCAACAGCAAGGUCAAAUGCCUGGGCAGCAGCAACAACCGGGUCAGAUGCCUGGGCAGCAACAACAGCCCGCCCAGAUGCCUGGACCGGGUAAAAUGCCGGGCCCACCGCAACCUGGAAUCCCACCAAUGCAGCAGGGACCGCCUCAACCAGGGAUGGGACAAGGAAUGCCACCACAGUCUGGUCAUAUGGGCCAACCGGGUAUGCCUCCACAGCCUGGGCAAAUGAAUCAACCUGGAAUGCCCCCACAACCUGGACAACUAAGUCAACCGGGAAUGCCACCACAGCCGGGUCAAUUAAGUCAACCUGGAUUGCCGCCGCAGCCAGGAAUGGGCAUGCCCGGUAUGCCGCCACAGCCUGGCUCGCAACCUGGUUUAGCUCCCCAGUUCCCUCAGCCUGGAAUGCCUCCACAACCGGGUCAAAUGCCACCUCAGCCAGGACAAAUGCCGGGUCAGCCGGGUUUGCCUCCACAGCCUGGUUUCCCUGGUCAGGCACCAACGAUGGGAGGUCUUCCGCACAUGCCGCCCCCGCUGUCGCAGCAGAGACAGUUCCCUGGCCAGCAGCCGCAGCCGGGGUAUGGACAACCUGGACAGCAACCUGGUGCUCCGUAUCCUAACAUGCCACCGCUACCAAACCAGAUGGGUCAGCCCCCCAUGCCGGGGCAACAACAGCGUGGGUACCAGCAGCCCCCUUCCGGGUACCCGCCGCAGUUCACGGGCCAGCAACCUUAUCCGGGACAACAGCCAUACCCGGGUCAACAGUAUCAACAGCAGCCGGAGCAGAAGAGAUUGGAUCCUGAUCAGAUGCCCAGUCCGAUCCAGGUGAUGGCGGAUGACCAGCAGAACCGCGGCGGCAUCUUCGUGACCAACGAGAAGGGGCUCGUGCCACCGCUCGCUACCACCGACUUCAUUGUCGACGACAAGGGGAAUGCCAGUCCUCGCUACAUCCGCAGUUCCAUGUACACAGUACCAGUCACAGCUGAUUUGCUCAAACAGACCUCUAUGCCGUUCUGUCUUGUUCUAUCCCCGAUGGCGGAGCCGGUAGGCACGGAGGCACCGCCCCCGCUGCUGGACUUCGCGGCGCUGACGGGCUCGCCAUCGCUAGGCCCCGUGCGCUGCAGCCGCUGCAAGGCGUAUAUGUGCCCCAAUAUGAAGUUUGUUGAUGCCGGCAGACAUUUCAAGUGUGCCUUCUGUAAGGCUACUACUGAAGUCCCGAUGGAGUACACGCAGUACAUCAACAGCAUGCAGCAGUACGGGCGCGUGCCGGCCGAGAUGGCGCUCGGCGCCUACGAGAUCGUCGCCACCAAGGAGUACUGCAGGAACAACACGCUGCCGAACCCGCCGGCGGUGGUAUUCGUGAUCGACGUGUCGUACAACGCCAUCAAGAACGGCCUCGUGCAGACCGUCUGCGACAAUAUCAUGGAUAUUAUUGACGCCAUGCCACGUGACGAACAAACUGGCAAGAGUUGGACCCGCGUUGGAUUCAUCACAUACAGUUCUACCGUGCACUUCUACAAUAUCAAGGGCAGCCUAGCCCAGCCUCAGAUGCUGUCAGUAGGCGACGUGGGCGACAUGUUCGUGCCUCUGCUGGAAGGCUUCCUCGUCAGGCCGGAGGACAGCGGCGCAGUGCUGACCUCCCUGCUGCAGCAGCUGCCCGUCAUGUUCCGGGAUAACAAGGAGACUGAGACUAUACUGUUGCCGGCUGUGCAGGCUGGUCUAGAAGCAUUAACAGCAGCGGACACAUCAGGGCAGCUGCUGGUGUUCCACACAUCGCUGCCGACGUACAACGCGCCCGGCAAGCUCGCCAACAGGGAGGACAGGAAGCUGCUCGCCACCGACAAGGAGAAGCAGAUACUUGCUCCUCAAACGACAGCAUACAACGAGCUGGGCCAGUCGUGCUGCGCAGCCGGCGUCAGCGUGGAGCUGUUCGUGUGCAACAACGCGUACGUGGACGCCGCCACCAUCGGCCAGCUGCCCCGGCUGACUGGGGGACAGCUGCACAAGUAUACUUACUUUACGGCGGAUCAAGACGGUCCCCGGCUGAUAGGCGACGUGCAGCGCGUGGUAUCCCGUGCCACAGCACACGACGCCGUCAUGCGCGUGCGCACGUCCACGGGCGUCAGGCCGACGGACUUCUACGGACACUUCUUCAUGUCCAACACUACUGAUGUUGAACUCGCUGCUAUCGACGCGGACAAAGCAAUAGGCAUAGAAAUAAAGCACGACGACAAACUGACAGCUGAAGACGGAGUGUACAUCCAAGCUGCUCUCCUCUACACCCACCGGUCAGGACAGAGACGCCUCAGGGUGCUCAACCUGGCGCUGAACGUAGCCCACCAGCUCGCUGACGUGUACCGCAGCAUGGAGCUCGAUACUUGCGUCAACUUCCUCACUAAACAGGCUGUCUGGGCACUUCGUGAACACAGUCCUCGCUCAGUCCGCGAGACGCUGUCCCAGCGCUGCGCCCGCUCCCUGGCAGCAUACCGGCGGCACUGCGCAUCACCGUCGUCGGCCGGCCAGCUCGUGCUGCCCGAGCCCAUGAAGCUGCUGCCGCUGUACACCAACUGUGUGCUGCGCUCUGAUGCUGUGGCAGGAGGUCCAGACAUGACCUGCGACGACCGUUCCUGCGCGAUGUACCGAGCGCUGACAGCGGACGUGGCGACGUCCGUGGUGUACACAUACCCGCGCCUGCUGCCGCUGCACCGCCUGCCCGCCAGCCCGGCCGCGCUGCAGCCGCUCAGGGCCUCGGUGGACAAGAUGAGCGAGCAUGGCGUGUAUUUACUGGAGAACGGCGUCCACAUGUUAAUAUGGGUGGGCUCGCAAGCUGAUCCUGCGUUCAUACGUGACGUGUUCGGUGUAGCGUCGCCUGCGCAGGUUGAUACACAGGUGUGCGAGUUGCCGGAGCUGGACACGGCAGCCAGCCAUGCUGUCCGCGCCGUCAUUGAAGACGCUCGCAUACGCAGGCGCACUAACAUGCGGCUAACAACAAUGCGACAACACGAUAAGCUAGAAACCGUUCUUCGCCACUUCCUCGUCGAAGACCGCGGUGUGGACGGCAGCUCGUCCUACGUGGACUAUCUCUGCCACAUACACAAGGAGAUCAGAGCGCUGCUAUAGCAUUUGUCCGGCUACUACUAAGACUAAACGCCCACGUCACUGUAGGACACGUAAUCGGACCGAUUUUUUGUAGGACGGUCCUACAACGACUUUCUGACCAGGUUUGUAGGACGUGGACGUUCCACUAUUGUUGUCUGUGUCCUACAAAAAAUUGGUCACCGAUUUAUCGGACGUGGGCGGGCGGCCUAAAGCUGUGGUACGCCUCUAAAUGAUACACACUUUUAUCUGUAGUAGGUUUUAUGAAAAUUCGCUUGGUAACACCCUGUGUAGUAGCUAUGAUGGCUAAGUGUUUUCGAAUAAUUUGUGUUUAUUAAUUAUUAAAUGAUUUGUUGAGUUAUUGUAAAACGCUAGCAAAAAGCAAUGUUAUUGUAUAUAAAUUAUGUAGGUGUGUGUAGAGAUAAGUAAAUAACACACAAAGCGAUUUAUAUAAAAUCUGCUACAUAUAAAAGUGUUUCGCAUUCGUAACUUGUAUAGUUGUGAAAUAAAUGAUUUUGUUUUGAACUUGUUAGUAUCAAUGCUAUUUAAAAAAAGUACUAUUUGAGAUUUCUACUAAACUACUAAGCAGGGUUGCCAGUAGUGAAAAUUUAUAAUAUGGUAGUUUUAAGCGUGCGUUUUGGUGAUGGUUCAAAAUGUAUAGCUUCCAAAAUUAACAUACGAUAGAAGGAAUAAGGCUCGAGCUCAUUUGAGAUUUUGUCGUGUAGGGACAUUCUGUAUGAGCCCUUAGUCAAUCGAGGAUAAGGUGUUUUUGUUAUUGUUAACGUCCAAGAUCUAUGCGAAGAUCAGCAUUUAAUAAAAUACUAGUUGUUCACAAUUGUUCCGUUAUAAUACAAAUUACAAUUCAGACUUUAGGGAGGGCAGAAGUAUGCUUACAAUUAGAUAUAACCGCCACUUUCUAGAUAUCUAGAACUACUUAUGAGGUCCUGUUUUUGAAAACUAGGUUCUGAAUUAGUGCUUUUCAGUACCCCCGAGUAUUUAGAAUUGUGCAUACAUGUAUUAUAUGAAUUGGAGUCUCGCAACGUUAGGUAAAUGGGGGGAUAAAGAAUAUAAAUAAAGUCGAUAAAUAUUUAUGAAAUAUAGGAACUUAAUUAGUGUUUGUUAACGAUUUCUACAAAGUUAUUAUUGGAAGGCUGCCACAGCCAGCACCGAGUUAUUUAGACUGAGUUUCGGUCUAGAUAAAAAUCUUCACGAGGCAAAUGACAUGUAUGUUAAAAGUUAAAACUUACGAUGAGUUGCACCAUUUAACUAUAACGAUAACAGAACCAUUGUCAGUUGUCCAAUCGCAGAUUUGACCAAUGGGCGGCAAGUAUAAGGCUGGUUAUGGUUUAGUUAUCGUUAUAGUUAAAUGGUUUAACUCACUCUUAAUAUAGGAAUGUACAGACUUAAGAUGUUAACAGAGCAUUUUAUAUGACUCCUAAAUUAUUAAGAAAUUCGCUUUGAAGAAGUCAAUAUAGAAUUAUGUUUUUCUACUUAAACAUAACAUAUGGGGAGUUAUUGAAAUUACUUUGUUUAAGGCCUAUUCUGAUGAAUAGAAAUAACUUUUCCUUUACAAUAUAGAAGUCUUACUCGAUAGAAAUAAAAAUGAAAACAAGUCAUAAAACUUCCAAUUUGUAGUUUUUGUAUUUGUAUCACACGAAGUAUUACAAUUAUUUUCUCAAAAGGCAAUACAUAGUCAUACAUUCCUUCAUACAUUGAUAAAAAUAGCCCAAAUAACAUACAAAUAGUUACAUGUUUUACUUAAUGCAGGUUGAACUCACUAGAUAUUUGUGUGUGUUAUCAUGAGAAAUUAUUUGCUAUAUCCUAAGGAGGAAAUUAUGACCCUCAAAAGUAUUUACUAAACUGCCAAGUAAUUUAAGUGUUGCCACAAAAAAAAAUAAAGUUUCGAGAAAAAAAAAUAAGUUGUUUGUAAUCGGAGUAGUUUUUGUUUCCUACGAUAUUAAAAUUAGUUAUAUUUUAUGUUUAUUGGAAUGUAUUGUAAAUGUAAAUAAAAUAUGGCAUUAUUUAA